AUGGCUGACUUUGACGAGCCUCUCUGUGGAUGUCUACAAGAUAUGUUCAGUUGUCUCAUUGUAUUCUGUGUUCCUUGCGGCGGGCUUUGCAUACAGGCUUAUGCAGUUGACAAGGCAACGCAAUCUGGAAUGGUAGUUCCUUUUCUUUGGCCUUUAUUGACAUGCUGUAUUGGAGCAGCUGUUAACCGUGGCCAAAUAAGGCAGAAAUACCAUCUCGAAGGGUCUUUUAUCAUGGAUUGCCUGUUAUCAUGGCUUUGUGGCUGUUGUACCACGACUCAAGAAUACCGUGAAGUUAUGAAUAGAGAAAGACCUAAAUAA